AUGGCUCGCACAAAGCAAACCGCCCGCAAAGUUACGGAAGGAAAGACAUCUCCUAAACAGUUAGCCACGAAGGCAGCUCGCAAAAGUGUGCCAGCAACUGAAGGAGUAAAGAAGCGUCGUCGUUAUCGCCCGAAAGCAGCCGCUCUGCGUAAAAUUCGUCGAUACCAAAAAUCGAUUGAGUUGCUGAUCAGCAAGCUUCCCUUCCAACGGUUAGUUCGGGAAAUUGCCGAGGAUUUCAGGACCGAUUUUCGCUUCCAGAGGUCGGCUGUCAUGGCUCUGCAGGUAGCCUGCGAAGCGUAUCUGGUCGAUCUGCUUGAAAAUACCAGCCUGUGCGUCAUUCACGCCAAGCGUGUCACCAUCAUGCCAAAGGACAUCCAGCUUGCUCGCCGUAUCCGUGGUGACCGUGCUUAA